AAAUGGGUCCUAUAUUUAUGACCAGAAGAGCAUAUAUAGAAACCUGAGAGAUCAGCGAUUCAGGUGGAGAUAAUCAUGUAUGUAACAAGACCUCUCUCUUUAUACUUAAACGACGAAGCUGCUUUGUCUCUUCCACCACCAGAGGGUCCAAACUCCGGUUACCUUGUAAUCUCCGAUGAAUCUGAGAUUCGGUUGGGUAAUCGAAGGAUAAAGCGUCUGCCUUUCUUUCAAAACAGGGACUUCAAAGUUCAUGACACUUAUGAAUAUGAAUCCCCCAGACGAGUGGUCUUCAUUCCAGUUAUGAAUCGCCCAUUGUCCGACAAUUGCUACUAUGUGAUGUUGACAGACAUGUGGAAUAAAGGGAACGCAGCCACAAGCUCAAAAGAAGAUGAUAUAGUGAGUUGUUGUGGGGGAGGUUGCAUUCGAGAUGUUCUACCACAUCCUUCAAAUCCUUUCAACCUUUAUCAACAAUUUGAGAUAAUAAUCCACCAGCAGCCUUAUGUUCGCUUCCACGCCAAGUCCGUGGCCACAGAUGGAAUUCCUCCAAGGUUCUUGAGGCGUGAAUGGAAGCCAUACAUUGAUAUAGAUACCUAUCGCCGCCCUCUACCGGAAGCUUUAGGCCUUAAUUCCUCCUUACGUGCUCAAUUACCUCAUUUCAAUUUUUCAUCCUCUGAUAAUCAUUCUAAACCAGUCGUGGUUGGAAAAUGGUAUUGUCCUUUCAUUUUCGUGAGGGAGAGAGUGAACAGACCAACGUUCUACGAGAUGACACUGGAGCAAAAAUGGGUUAGGGUUUAUUCAAAGGAAAAUGAUAAUAGUGCUUUAGAAAAAAGGGUGCAUGUGGAGGUUGAUGUGGAAACAGAAGUGGCCAAAAUUGCAGGGAAAAAGGAUGCUUUCAGGGACGAAAGAGAUGAUGCGGCCUACUCUGGAUUUGUGUGGUUUAUUAGUUCUGAUGAUCAUAGGAGAGAAGAGAGAAUAGGGUUAAGCAUGGCGAUAACUGAUAGAAUGAAAUGGGAACAAGAAAGAUUUGGAUGGGUUAGUGGAAAGAAUGGAAUUGAAAAGCUAGUAAGAGUGGAGGAGUUUAAGGGUAAUGGCAGUUGGAGGAAAUUUUCAUGUUAUUUGCUGGUUGAGACUUUUGUUUUGAAGCGAAAGGGAAAGAGCAUUGCCAUUACUUUUGAUUUCAAUCACACAAACCAAGUUAGAUGCAAAUGGGAGUGACGUUUUUUGCAAUCUUAUUGUGUGUUUUACCAUGCACCUAGGGUUUUCCUUCUUGUAAGAUACAUUUUUUCAAAUACUACAUGGAAAUUUCAAGGUAUAUGUGUUUGUGUAGAGUUAACAUCAUAUCUGAUCUAUCUAUUUAAUGUGCAGUAUAUUUGGCAUAUACUAGUCAUGGGAACGCUUUACAAGUUUUUUUUUUUUUAAUAUAUAUAACUCAAAGUAUUCUCAUCAAA